AUGUCUUUGUUGCGCGCGUGCGCCCGCACAACUGCGCCUCGAGCAGCAUGGGCUCCCCCUGCUGAACACAUUCCAGCGGCCUCAAAGCGUCUCAUUCACACGCCGCGAACGUCAGCCCCCAUACGCCCGUCGAUCAUCCUGUCCAGAACACGACUUCCUUCUACGGCACGCUUUGAAUCUAGUGCAGCCACACCGCCGCAAAACAACACAUCGACUCAGGCACCGGAAUCGCGACUCGACCGCGAUCAAGUGCCUUCAUAUGAGCUCACGUUCACGUGCAACGUGUGCAAGACUCGCUCGUCGCACCGACUGUCUAAGCAAGGCUACCACAAGGGAACUAUCCUCAUCUCUUGCCCUGGUUGCAAGAACAGACAUUUGAUCAGUGAUCAUUUGAAGAUCUUCUCAGACAAGUCUGUCACAAUCGAGGACCUGGUGAAGGAAAAGGGAAGCCUCGUCAAGCGAGGUUCCUUGAGCGCAGAGGGUGACGUCGAGUUCUGGGAUGACGGCUCCUCCACACCACGUUCGGCACACUUCCACACCGACUCAUCAGCCAGCGGCGAGGAACGAUUGACCGACAAGAACCAACCCUCCUCGCAAACCCCAAAGGAGUAA